AUGUCUUCGGAAUCUACCUUCAGCACGACCGGAAGGAUUUUAUAUGACUAUAGGAGUUCGUUAAAACCAGUUAUGGUGGAGGCAUUAGUUUGUGGUGCAAGUUAUAUCAAGGGUGCUCAUGUUGACUUGAAUCUGGUGCCGAGGGAUGAGAAUGAAGAGGAUGAUGUUGAGAACAUCAAGUUACCCACUGUGGUGGAGGAGAUCAACGAUUGGUAA